AAAAAUGCGAUCAAUGCGAAAAUUGAAGACAUCGAGGUUCCUGCGCGCAGCUUGCAGCUUUUCCUGGCAAAGAACAAUGACGCAUGGCUUCAGUCCGACACUGAAGCCGUAAAGAAGCUGAAGACGGAAAAAAUAUCGGCUCUUAUUAAAGAGCUGACACACAAAGAUCACGAGCUCCAGGCCAAGACGUGCUGA